CCUAUAAAUUAGUAGAGCAAAAUUGAAUUAAAUGACACAUAAUCCCAACUACAAAUCAAUUGUGUAGGACACCAAGUGGCAACCAUCAACCUAUAUCAUUUCAAAACCAAACUGCUUUCCCCCUCACCAUUUUCUCAAAUUAACCCUAAAAAAAGAAAAAAAAAAUGAAAAAGAAAAUGGUGAGUUCUCCCACGUCGGAAGGCCUUAUCUACGACACAAAACUAUCCUCGGUGGGGCCGGCAUACGCGACCGAGCCGGAGCUGGUGUUCGAGCCCAGCAACUUGGACUUGGCCAUGAAGCUUCACUACCUAAGGGGAAUCUACUACUUUGAGAGGCAAGCAUUUGAGGGUUUGAGCAUCCUCGCCAUCAAGGAGCCCAUGUUCGAGUGGCUCAACAAGUAUCCGGUGACGUCGGGUCGGUUCCGGCGGGCCGAGUCGGGCCGGGCCUACAUAAAAUGCAACGACUGCGGCGUGAGGUUUGUGGAGGCCAAAUGUGAGAAAAGCCUCGAUGAGUGGUUGGAGAUGAGGGAUGCCUCUCUUGAGAAGCUCCUUGUUAACAACCAAAACAUUGGGCCCGAACUCGGAUUUUCACCCCUCAUUUUCAUUCAGUUAACCAAAUUCAAAUGCGGUGGUGUUGCUAUGGGCUUAAGCUGGGCCCACGUUCUCGGAGACGCGUUCUCUGCGGCAGAGUUCUUAAACAUGUUGGGCCGGGUUGUUGCUGGACAAGAUCUGGGCCGUCCAUUCGACUUGGCCCAAACUCUCACGAAGUCAAAUAUAUGUAACGACCCGCCAAAGGUUGCAGAUGAUCCGACCGCGGUCAAACGCGUCGAACCGGUUGGAGAUAAUUGGUUGACUCCCACAAAAUCCAAAUUAGAAGACUUCUCUUUUGAUGUUACCCCCACACAAUUGGGCCAUCUCCAAUCAAAAUUAGGCCCUAAAUUUGGCCCAUUUGAGACCAUCUCAACCAUCAUUUGGAAAUGCAUUGCCAAAAUGAGGGGCCAAGAUUCGGAGCCAAAUGUUGUGACAAUAUGCAAGAAAAGUGAAGUGGAGAACAAGAUUUAUGGCAUGUUGGGUAAUACACAAGUUGUGAGUGUGGUGAAGGCUGAUUUCCCGGUAGUGGAUGCCGAGCCUAGUGUGGUAGCUUCGUUGAUGAAAGAUGAGGCAUUUGAUAUGAGAGAGAAAAUCAAUGAAGCUAUGGAGAGAGAGAAUGGAGUGGUUGAUUACGUGAUUUAUGGUGCCAAUUUAACAUUUGUGAACCUUGAAGAGGCCAAAUUUUAUGAUUUUGAGUAUAGGGGGCAUAAGCCGGUCCGCGUGAGCUACCGGGUCGACGGAGUUGGCGAUCAAGGGGCGGUGUUGGUGCUUCCGGGGCCGGACGGAGGGAGGGUGGUGGUGGCAAUCUUGCCGGAGGAGGAGAUUGUUGGCCUCAAAGAAGAGUUGAAAAGGGAAGGGCUUAUUGCAUGAUCACUUGCAACUCCGAAUUAUCCGUCGCCCAAGCUACUAUAUAUAUAUUUUUUUUUUCAGUACUUCGCAAGGUAAUAAUGUAUAUGCAACACUAAUAUGUAUAAUGUGUGACGCACCUAUUAUUAAGUUUCGAGGUUUGUGGCUUUGCCAAUUUAUUAUCUUUUCUA